AUGAAGUUGAAACAAUUAGAAAGUCAUCUCCAAAUGGUAGUAGACACAUUCGAUAAACCUAAAAUUAGCCUGGAGCAAUAUGCAACAACACCACACAUUGCAGCUCAUAUGUUAUACAACAUCGAUACUAUGUACAACGAUAUUCAAGGCAAGUUGGUAUGUGACUUAGGCUGUGGCUGUGGAGUUCUUAGUGUCGGCACGGCCAUGCUCGAUGCCAGUUUAAUUGUAGGUAUUGACAUCGAUGAUGAUGCUCUAAUGAUAGCUAGAAGGAAUAUCGAAGAAUUCGAAUUAGAAAAUGUACAGUUAAUAAAAGCUAAUAUUUCCGAUACAGAAUUUUUUGGUGGUAAGAUUUUUGAUACUGUAAUUAUGAAUCCCCCAUUUGGUACAAAAGAUAAAGGUAUUGAUAUGAUAUUUCUACACCGAGCGCUAAAGUUAGCAUCAACGUCUGUAUAUUCUUUACAUAAAUCAUCCACAAGGCAGCACAUUAAAAAGAAGGCUGCUGAAUGGGGCGCAGAAAUGACCGUAUUAGCCGAAUUACGUUUCAAUUUAGAAAAUACAUAUAAAUUUCACAAACACAAAUCUGUAAGUUAA